AUGAAUAAUAAUAAAGUUACAAGAGUUUUUACUGAUGGUAGUUUUUUUUAUAAUGGAACAAAAAGAUCUGGUAUUGGUGUAUUUUUUGAUAAUAAUGAUCCUUGUAAUUUAUCAGAACGAUUACAUUCAGAUCAUAAUGAUAGUAAUCGAGCUAAAAUAUGUGCAGUUAUCCGAGCUCUUGAAAUAUGUAAAAAUAUUGAAAAUCUAGAAAUUAUUAUUGAUAGUGGAUGUGUUAUGAGUAUUGUAACAGGACGUGAUGAGAAAUGUAAAAAACAUAUUGAAUUAAAAAGAAGGUUAAAAUCUUUGAUUAUUAAUUAUGAAGGAGUUGUGAAAUUUAUAGAAGUUAAGAGUCGUAGUGUUUAUAGAAAUAUACAAGCUGAUUAUUUAGCUAAACGUAAAGCAUAUAAAGAAUUUGAAGGAUAA